CACACCUUCCAUCUCCUGUACAAACACCUUUUUCCGAUCCUCUUCAAUUCCCUUCCCUUCCCUAUAUAUUUGUCUACACGUACCUAGAGACUCUCCACAGAACACAAACACAAAGAACCUCCCAAAACAAUGGCCUCUCUUCAUCGAUCUUUAGCCUUCAUGGCUAUGUUGUCCUUGCUUUCUGUUUGUUUAGCCAUAGACAUGUCCAUAAUUGAUUACAACAUAAAACAUGGCCAAGUCCCAGAAAGAACAGAGGCAGAGACAAGAAGAAUCUACGAGAUGUGGUUGGUUAAACAUGGUAGAGCAUAUAAUGCGUUGGGUGAGAAAGAAAGACGAUUUGAGAUUUUCAAGGAUAACCUUAAAUUUAUCGAUGAACAUAAUUCUGUUGGGAACCCGAGUUAUAAACUUGGGUUGAACAAGUUUGCGGAUUUGAGUAACGAUGAGUACCGGUCGGUUUACUUGGGUACGAGGAUGGAUGGGAAGGGAAGGUUGUUAGGUGGGCCAAAAAGUGAGAGGUAUUUGUUUAAGGAAGGUGAUGAUUUGCCGGAGACCGUUGAUUGGAGAGAAAAGGGGGCUGUCGCCCCUGUUAAAGAUCAAGGCCAGUGUGGGAGUUGCUGGGCAUUCUCCACUGUUGGAGCGGUGGAAGGGAUAAACCAAAUUGUAACUGGUAACUUGACAUCUCUGUCAGAACAGGAGUUGGUGGAUUGCGAUAAGACAUAUAACCUGGGAUGCAAUGGAGGUCUCAUGGACUAUGCCUUUGAUUUUAUUAUUGAGAAUGGUGGUAUUGAUACCGAAGAAGAUUACCCCUACAAGGCUAUUGAUAGCAUGUGUGAUCCAAAUAGGAAAAAUGCUCGAGUUGUUACAAUUGAUGGUUAUGAAGACGUUCCACAAAAUGACGAGAAGUCAUUAAAGAAGGCUGUGGCAAAUCAACCUGUUAGUGUUGCCAUUGAAGCUGGUGGAAGGGGUUUCCAACUCUACCAAUCUGGUGUUUUUACUGGGUCAUGUGGAACACAGCUAGACCAUGGUGUGGUUACUGUUGGGUAUGGUACAGAGCAUGGUGUAGAUUACUGGAUUGUGAGGAACUCAUGGGGUCCUGCUUGGGGAGAGAAUGGGUACAUCAGGAUGGAGCGUGAUGUUGCCAGCACUGAAACUGGAAAGUGUGGAAUAGCAAUGGAAGCUUCAUAUCCCACCAAGAAGUCUGCAAAUCCCCCUAAUCCCGGUCCCUCCCCUCCAUCUCCAGUGAACCCUCCACCUCCAGAAAAGCCUUCCUCAGAGUGCGAUGAUUACUACUCAUGCCCUGCUGGAAGCACAUGCUGCUGCAUAUAUCAGUACGGUGACUAUUGCUUUGGAUGGGGGUGCUGCCCUCUGGAGUCUGCAACCUGCUGUGACGACCAUUACAGCUGCUGCCCUCACGAGUAUCCUGUCUGUGACCUUGAAGCUGGAACCUGCCGAAUGAGCAAGAGCAAUCCAUUUGGUGUUAAGAUGUUGACUCGAGCUCCUGCUAGAAUUACUCAGUCUCACCAGCUUGGUGGUAGGAGGCGAGCUGGUAGGAGGUUCAGCCCUGCUUGAGAUAAUCCUAGGUCGUUAAGGGUCUGCUAGAGCAAUAUGUGGGGCUAAGGUUGACCAUGUUUAGUUCAGCGAAACUUAUCAUCUAGUUUUUCAUUAUUUGUAAAUUCCUUAAAUUGUCUGCUGAGGAAGAUGCUAUAAACUUACGAUUGGAUCGCCUCCAUUUGUAAAUAAUCAUCAUCAACUAUUGAUUCCCUUCAA